AUGAACGAACAAGGCGGAGGAAAGCCACUCGCCCCAGCGAUCGGGUACGACGAUGGCAAAACUCUGAUGGCUCGAGGACCAUUGGCACUACACGAGCAUGUGGCUUCACGCUUGGAGACGUCGUUGGGCAAGGCUCUGCCUCAGAUGGAGGUGCGUUUCAAGGACGUAUCCAUCUCAGCGGACAUCGUGGUCAAGGACGCGAGUGACCUGGAGGUUCAGCUACCCACACUGCCGAACGAGAUGAUGAAGACUCUUCAUGGUUUGGUCGCCAAGAAACACACAGUGACCAAGCGUAUCUUGAGAGGUGUGAGUGGCGUACUGAAACCAGGAACCAUCACGCUUGUUCUGGGUCAGCCUGGGUCGGGCAAGUCGUCGUUGAUGAAGCUACUCAGUGGACGCUUCCCGAAGGACAAGAGCGUCUCGGUCGAAGGGGAGGUGACAUACAAUGGCACGUCGGCGGACGAGUUACACAAGCGACUGCCCCAGUUGGUGUCGUAUGUACCACAACGUGACAAACACUACCCCGAACUGACUGUGAAGGAGACGCUGGCGUUCGCCCAUGCUGCGUGUGGUGGGGAACUGUCCGAACAUGAUGCGAGUCACUUGAUCCCGACGGUGAUGGCUGCGCGUGAGGUUUUCUACAAGCAACGAGGUGCCAACUUCUUCCGGACAGCGUCGUACGUGCUAUCCAACUCGGUGGUCCAACUACCAGCUAUCAUCCUGGAGACGGUGGUGUUCAGUGCGAUUGUGUACUGGAUGUGUGGCUUCUUGAGUUCGUUCUGGAACUUCUUCGUCUUCGUGGUGAUACUCUGUCUGAUUAACGCGGCACUUGCCGCGUUUUUCUUCUUCCUGGCUUCGGCGUCGCCAAAUCUGAAUGUGGCCAAUCCACUUUCCAGUGUUUCUAUCGUGUUUUUUGUGAUGUUUGCCGGCUACACGAUCACAAAAGACCAAAUUCCGGACUACCUCAUUUGGAUGUACUGGAUCAAUCCAACCUCUUGGGGUAUACGCGCGCUGGGAAUCAAUCAGUACAUCAACUCACACUUUGACAAAUGUGUGUACAAUGGGUUUGACUACUGUGCUCAGUAUGGGAUGACGAUGGGAGAGUACUCACUCAGUACGUAUGAGGUGCCGUCGGACAAAUUCUGGCUUUGGUACGGGAUGGUCUUCAUGGCUGCAACGUACGUGCUCUUCUUGUUCUUGUCGUGUAUCGCUCUGGAGUACCAUCGCUUCGAGCGUCCAGAAAAUGUUGUACUUACAAAUGAGACCAAACCAGACGCCGCAGAAGGCUACAUCAUUGCUAAAACACCGCGACAGUCACAGAAACAGCGUGAAUCAGUGAUCUCGGUCGACCACGCAAGAGAAAAAUACUUUGUACCGGUCACGGUGGCGUUCAAGGACUUGUGGUACACUGUUCCCGACCCGACCAACCCGAAGCAAACCAUCGACUUGCUCAAGGGCAUCACCGGAUACGCUUUACCAGGCACGAUUACAGCUCUCAUGGGGUCGUCUGGAGCAGGCAAGACGACAUUGAUGGACGUGAUUGCAGGACGAAAGACUGGCGGGCAGAUUCGGGGGCAGAUCCUGCUGAACAGCCAUCCUGCCACAGAUCUGGCUAUUCGACGCUCCACGGGCUACUGCGAGCAGAUGGACAUCCACUCGGAGUCUUCUACUAUCCGUGAAGCCUUGACAUUCAGUGCUUUCUUGCGUCAAGGAGCGGAUGUUCCAGACAGUCACAAGUACGAUUCGGUGAACGAGUGUUUGGAUCUUCUAGAUCUAAAUCUGAUCGCUGACCAGAUCAUCCGUGGCAGCUCCGUGGAGCAGAUGAAGAGACUGACGAUCGGUGUGGAACUCGCUGCGCAGCCAAGUGUCUUGUUCUUGGACGAACCGACGAGUGGGUUGGAUGCUCGAUCGGCCAAGUUGAUCAUGGACGGUGUACGUAAAGUGGCGGAUACUGGACGUACCAUCGUGUGUACGAUUCACCAGCCAUCUUCCGAGGUUUUCAGCGUCUUCGACAGUCUGUUGCUGUUGAAGCGUGGUGGAGAGACGGUCUUUGCUGGUGAACUAGGCGACAACGCACGUGAAAUGAUCGAGUACUUUGAGUCGAAUGAUGGCGUGGCAAAGCUCGAGACCGACUACAACCCAGCCACGUGGAUGUUGGAAGUGAUCGGUGCUGGCGUUGGUAACAGCAACGGAGACAAGACGGACUUCGUGGAGAUCUUCAAAGCCAGCGCCCACUUCGAGCGUCUCCAGUCGAGUCUAGACCAAGAAGGUGUGACUCGACCGUCACCGUCUUUGCCUGCACUGGAGUUCAGCGACAAACGCGCAGCAUCGGAGCUCACCCAAGCGAAGUUCCUGUUGAAACGCUUCUGUGAUCUCUACUGGCGAACGGCUUCGUUCAACUUGACACGGUAUGCCAUUUCAUUGGGACUGGGAUUACUCUUCGGCAUCUCAUACGCUGGAGCAGAGUACAAGUCGUACUCCGGAGUGAAUUCCGGACUGGGAAUGAUAUACUUGGCUGUGGGGUUCAUCGGUUUGGUGUCUUUCAACGGCUUGAUCCCAGUUGUUGCUGAAGAACGCGCCGUGUUCUACCGUGAGCGGGCAUCACAGACGUACAAUACGUUGUGGUACUUCGUCGGUUUGAGUGUCAUGGAGAUCCCAUUCGUCUUCGCAGCAGUGUUGCUGUUCCUGAUGCCGUUCUUUCCCCUCGUGGGCUUCACCGGAGUGGGUGCCUUCUUCACGUGCUGGCUGGUGUUGUCGCUGCAUGUACUGCAUCAAGCGUACAUGGCGGAGCUUCUUGUUUUCUUGCUGCCGAACUUGGAAGUUGCAGAGAUCGUGGGCGUCUUGGUGACUCUAAUUUCGUACUUGUUUUCGGGUUUCAGUCCUCCGGCUUCGACACUACCGUCGGCGACGGUGUGGCUCUACGAUAUCACACCCAUGACGUACAGCAUGGCAGCUUUUUCCACGGUCGUGUUUGGCGCCUGCAACAAUGAAGGAAAUCUCGGGUGUACAGAAAUGACAAAUGUGCCACCGUCACUUCCGGACGGGAUCACUGUGCAGCAAUAUCUGGAGAAAAACUUCUUGAUGAAGCACAGCGAGGUAUGGAGGAAUUGCGGGAUCCUGGUCGGAUUCGUGCUGAUCUUCUGUAUGUGCACGCUGUUGGCCAUGCGCUUCGUCAACUACCAGAAGAGAUAGAACUAUACUCAGCGCUUUUUUCAUCAUUCAAAUGGGUAAUACCCUUUAUAUUCUGAUACCAAAACUUCUAAUUUAGUUUUGGUUCAC